ACCGUCAAAGCCGACUAGCCAAAAAUAGCCGCUAGAUCCACUAAUUUUGAAUACCCAAAUCUCUCAUGGCUUCUCACUCCAAUUCCUCACCACCAAAGGAGAGAGAUGGAAUGGCCGCUGAUGAUCAAAAGGAAGAAACUCGAUUCACUUUUCAUGUAUUCCCUCUCUCUCUACACCUUUUUUCUCCACGUCAGUUUUCACCAUUCAAAUCAUUACACACACUACCCGAAAAGCUUGCUACAUUGAUUUAUCAAUAUGCAUUCUGCAUAAACAAUCAAAUUGUUACAUACACAGAUUAUAAUAAUUACAUAUAUGCUUUUUAUCUAUUAGUCACUGCUUGGAUCUGGAAAUCAUUUGCUCCAUUUCGUUUAGACACCUUUGUACCUCAAAUUCAAUAAAUUUUAGGGCAAUUUGUACGGAAAGGGAUUUUGUUUCAGCGGUAUAUGUGGACCUCGAUUCACAUUGAUAUAUAUAUAUAUAUAUAUAUACACAUAUAUAUAUGUAUAUGCAGAAAGAGGAGGAAGACAGAGAGAUUGAUCUGGCAGGCACCGAGCCUGAAACCCCCUUGCCCCUUACUGUCACUUCAAGGGUACUGUAUAUGUUAGGGGAUAUUACAGCAGGUCCUGCUUAUAGGUUUGCACAAUGGCUUGAGCUUGUUCGCAAGCGCAGCAGCAAGUAUCGGGCCUCAGGGUUUCCUCACCGGCCUCAUCACACUGAGAGCAUGCCCUUAAGCUGUCAGCCUUGUGCUUUUAUGUAGCUGUUCUCAUUUGUUCACGGUAUAUCCAUCUGUUGGCUUCCUAUUCUCUUGAUAUAUCUAGGAUUCACUGAAUGUAAAGGAUGGAUCCUGGUGACUGGAAUUUUCGACGGAUGUGCACCAACUUAUUUUAGUUUAGAAGAAUAUAACGUUGAUUUAAAAACUUCCUCACCUGAGCAAGCCACAGAAAUCAGCUUGUGGGACAGACUUGGUAAAUCUGACAUGUUAGACAUUGAUUCAAGCUCCUUCUCCUGGAACACACUUUCUUCGCUUCACCAUACGGAGCAUAGCAGCAGUACAGAGCAGUCUGAGGAGGAAAUGACCAGACCACUGGAGGUCACCGUUAAUUCUGGCGGAGUUGUUUUUUUUGCCCUAUUUAACCAACCAGAACAUGAUGAGUCUUCUCCCAAGGAAGCUGCGGCAGUCAUAAAAUUUUCAUCAUCAAGGAUGGCUACCCAAUCGGAGAGACUUGGCUAUGAAUUUGCUAAGUGGCUAGGUGUCAAAACUCCACAAGCUAGGGUCGUUCAUAAUGCCAGUCCUGAAUGGCAGCAAAUAAAGGAAGCUGCAGAAAAAGCAAAAGAUUCUGCCGUUGCAGAAGGGGAUGAAAUUGGUGAAAUGACUUGUUCAGAACUUCUGGAAGCUCUUGAGCUUAGUCGCUGCCUUCUGGUGAUGAAUUAUGUCCAUGGAUCUCCGUUAUUGGAAACCUCAAGUGCUUUUGAGUCACGAGAAGUUGCAGAAAAGACUGCAUCAGCGCUUGGCAGGAUUUUGAUGUUAGACCUUGUUAUUAGAAAUGAAGAUCGCCUUCCUUGUCGCCAUCUCAGGUGGCGUGGAAACACAGCAAAUUUGCUGUGGGCUGAAAAAGUUGCUGGCCCAAAUAUGGAUGCGCUAGAGUUGGCUUUCGAUUCAGCAAUCAAUAGAUAUAGACCAAAAGUUAUUCGGGCACUUCAAAAGGAAAGAAGAGCAACUUCUAUAGACAGUAGUAGACUAAGCCCUCCGCAUCCUGCAUUGGUAUCGCAGAGUUCUGAUGUUUCUGAUAUUCUAGAAUCUCCAAAAUCUAGCAAUAUGAGUGUAAAGAGUCUUUCUUUGAAUGAGUCAGGAUGUAAUGAUCUUCAUAUUCUGGCAAUAGACUCUGGGGUACCUCGAAGACCACCAGCUGGAAAACGUACAAAUGACCAAGCAAAUUACCCUAAGCUAGUUGAGCUCCUCAUAAACAGUUCGGAGUAUGCAUCACAGCUGUUGAAUGAAAUAUCCAGUGGAAAACUGGGGACAUCGCCAGAAAAUGCUGAUGUAACGACUGAUAUACGGGAAUAUGAAAUGACCUCAGUUGUACAAUCAUUCAGAAGUGGAUUUCGAGCAGCACUCAGGGACUUGCAGGGAUUUCAUAUUUUCCUUCUUACUCUUCACCAGAAACUAGAUGGUCUUUUGAGAACUUUUCUCAAUAUUGUAAAUAAAUCUACUUGCGGUGAUCUUGACAAAGAGGAUCCGGUGGUUCCUGAAUCACCGUCACAUGCCCACUUUCUACCUUCACCUAGCAGGGAUCGGGGCUCCAGUGAUAACACUUCAGAUGUAAAUGAGUCAGAAUCACAGAGAGUAGGGCCGAGACAGCCAUCUAGCGGAUUUAGAGAAAGUUUAGAUAGCUGUUCUCCAAUAUCACGCGACAAUUGGCAUGGAAAGUCAGGCAGGGGGAGUGGAGAGCCCUUACGUAGCUUGCGAUUGACGUCAAAGCUUCGUGACUUCCACAAAUUUGCAAAGAUGGAUGCAGAACUAAACAAAGAAUUAGAACAGUGGACUGACAUGCUUAAGAAUGAUGCAAUUAAACUGUGCCAGGAGAAUAAUUUCACUACCGGGUUCUUUGAAGGCAGUGAUAGCAAUUAUAUGGUUGAUGCUUAUGAGCUAAAGGUCAGGCUCGAGCACAUUCUUGAGAGAAUAGGAUUAAUAUCUGAAGCAGCAAACACGGAAAAACCAUCACCAAUAUCAGGCAGUCUGUUUAUCGGCGGGGCACUCGCUGCUAGAUCUGUGUACACUCUGCAGCUUUUGGGGAUUACACAUAUUUUAUGUCUGUGCUCGAAUGAAAUUGGACAGGCAGAUUCUCAGUUUCCUGAUUUAUUUGAAUACAAAAACUUUUCAAUAUGUGAUCAUGAAAAUGCUAACAUCAGUGAUAUUUUCCAAGAAGCUCAUGAUUUCAUCUAUCAUGUUGAGAAAAUGGGUGGUAAAGUGUUGGUUCAUUGCUUUGAAGGGAAGAGUAGGAGCGCAACACUGAUUCUCGCUUAUCUGAUGCUCAGAAAAAACUUUACUCUAUCACAAGCGUGGAAUGCGCUGAAACGAGCUCAUCGCAGAGCCCAGCCUAAUGAUGGGUUUGCGAGGAUUCUGUUGGACUUGGACCAAAAGUUGCACGGAAAAGUCUCAAUGGAAUGGCAACAUCGCAGACCGAUGAUGAAGGUGUGUCCGAUCUGUGGGAAGAACGCUGGACUGAGUAGCAGCUCUUUGAAACUUCAUUUACAGAAGGUGCACAAGAAACUAUCAUCAGGCAGUGUCGACAGUGCCAUGACAAUGGAGAUACAGAAGGCACUCGAUGCACUCAAGAUAAGUCGAGGUGGAAGUGUCAGCCCAACCCAAAGACAAUCUCCCUCAAUGACGGAAGAGUAAACAAGGUUUACAUACAUUGUCUCCUUUAUUUAUCUCGUCACUUAUUCAAGAAAGAACUUUGGUGUGCUGUGCUUUCUUUCAUUUCAUAUUGAGUGUGCAAUAUAAAGUCACUAUGUUGACUACUAAUACAUGCUUGCUAGUUGUGAAGCCAUGACUUCUGACCAAGUCCGGUCUUGACAAGUCUGGUUCUGAAUGAUAGGUUCUGAGUUGAGCAGCUCAUGUAUCAUUUGUUCUACUUCGAAUGUUCCGCUUGUGAGUUCUGAGUAAGAUCAUAUGCAGACCUGUUCUCGAGGACUCUGAUCCUUCAUUCGUAGUUGGGUUGGGUUGGCAAAUGUUGAUAUCAGUCCCUGCCACAAAUUAUGCACAAUAUUUGCUCAAGACCAGGUGGCGUUGUUUCUGAAAUGUACUUCCCUUUGACUUUAUGAAAAAUGUCGUGAUGUUUAAUUUUUUUUACUGUUAACUUAUUACACUUACUCGAGGACGGAGGAAGUACUAUUUUGCAGUUUUGGUCCAAGUAUUAUGUUUGUUAGUUUUUGGAUCACUAAACACUAUGAAUUGGUCCAUUCUUUGCUAAA